AUGCCUAGUUACUCGGUAAUUAGUUUUAUGGUCCUCUGGGCCAGCUUGUCGUUGGCGAGCCUCUCGACGAGGGAGCUGCUGGAGUGUCGGGCGAACUUGACGGCGACGAUCAAGAACGACACAAUGUUCCUGGACAAGGUGCGCCAGUCGGACUACAUCUUCACGGGGAAGAUCAAGGAGUUGCGGCAGGAGGAGCAGCUACUUCACGCGCGCGUUAAGCGGGCGAUCAAGGGCGCGUUGAAUGCCACCGUCGAUCUCGUCGUGAACGACACCUGCGGUAACUACGUCAGACGCGGCUACACCGGCAUCUUCAUGGCACGUCGCGGCGACGCGCGACACAUCGGCAAAAUCGUCAUGCACUUUGGUCCGGUUCCGCUCACACUCGCCAAUCUCGACAGGCUGAACGCCGCCGUUAGAGGUGAGUCCAUGCGGAUGUUUUUCGUAGGAAAAAUAUAG